AUGGCUAUAUCUCAAUCAUCUCGAAAAGCCAAAAUCGCCAUUAUAGGGGCUGGUGUCAUAGGGCUCCGCCAUGCACAGUCCGUAGUGGCCUGUGAACAGGCAAACCUCCUGUGUCUCGUUGACCCGGUCUUCGUAGCAAGGCAGGAAGCAGAAGCGUUCAAUGUGCCUCUGUUCGAAUCAGUGGCGGCAAUGCUCCAAGAAUGCAAACCGGAUGGCGCAGUCGUAAGCACGCCCAACAGUACUCACGUGGCCGUGGCCAAGGAGUUGUUGUCCGCUGGUGUGCAUGUGCUGGUUGAGAAGCCCAUCUCGGUGGAUUCGUCGUCAGGACAGGGCCUUGUCAACCAUGCGGAAGCGUGCGGUAGGCGGUUGCUCGUUGGCCAUCAUCGCCGCUUUAACGCAUACGUUACUGCUACGAAGCGAGCACUGGAUAGAGGGCAUACUGGAAUGCCUGUAGCGGUUUCGGGUCUGUGGAUGUUGCGUAAGCCAGCAGGGUACUUUGAGCCUCCGACAGAUUGGAGAGCAAGCGCUGCAGGCGGAGGAGUGAUCCUCAUAAAUAUGAUCCACGAAGUAGACACCCUCCAAUAUCUCCUCGGACCCAUCAUAAGAGUCCACGCCGAGCAAACACUUUCUCAACGAGGACACGAGGCCGAGGAAGGUGCAGCUAUCGUACUACGCUUUGCUUCCGGGGUCGUAGGCACAUUCGUGAUGUGUGAUUCAACGGCAUCAAAACACAACUUCGAGAGCUCCACCGGAGAGAACCCAAUCAUUCCUCGAGCAGGAGCAGACUGCUAUCGUAUCUUCGGGACGGAAGGCAGUCUUAGCGUUGGCGACAUGACUCUUUCGAGGCAUACAUCGUCGGCUCAGAAGAGUUGGACCAGUCCAUUGUCGGAUGCAGUACUGCCUGUCGAGGAUAUUGUCCCGUUUGACGAUCAGAUGCUACAUUUUGUGGAUGUUAUUAGGGGCGGAGCCCGACCAAGGUGUAGUGGUGCUGACGGUCUUCGAGCCUUGAGCGUCUGCGAAGCGAUUAAGAGGUCGAUGGCUGAGGCUAUGCCGGUCGAUAUUGUAGCUUAG